AUGUUGUGGUCAUCUUGCGCAGGCGUGUCUUCACUCUCCAAGCUGUACUGGCGCGUGUCCGCGGCACGCUGUGCACGGCCAGGCCUCCAGCUCCUCGCCGAUGCUUCGCCGCAGGCGGCACGCUGGAGACAUUGCGCGACCUGCGGGAUCAUUCAGCGCAAAUAUGCGGCGCUCCUCACGUUCCAGCCGGAGAUGCUUGCGAGCUGCCUUUGCACGCUCACCUCUCCACACCACGCCCACCGGAGUUUCGUUGCAGGGCCGCAUCCUUGCUUGGGCCGCAACGCUGGCACCGCUGUACUCUUCCCAGCUUUGACGCCUGCAUUGCGCCUGCGAUACGCCAGAACAACGCCAUACAACGCCGCAAUACGCACUGCACGGGUCUGCACGGCGCGCGUCCGCGCGCAUGCUCCCGUGUCCACGCUAAGGAUUCGAGCGGGCGGGUGUGGACCGCAGCGCCAAAUCGCCUUCCUCCCUGCCGCAUGUGGUGGCCUCGGCCUCGCAAGCGCGGAGCGACUAGCCCCAGCGGCCUACUGGGCGGCUUGGGCGGACGCGCUCCCGGUGAUGCUGCAAAGACGCCCAGAGAUUGCCCGCCGAUAUGCGCAAGAACUCGCUCUUGGCGGCGGGUCGACUGCGCCUUGCCUGCGGGCAGCUGCGGAAGCGGGUGACCGGCUGCUUGCCGAAGGAUGGAGAGCGCGCCCGGAGUGGGAUGCCUUGCUCCACGGGGCGCGGCCGCCGCCUACACACGCCGAGCCUUCAGAGCCUGGAAGUUGGCCACAUGGCUGGCAGAAACCGGCAGUUUGCGCACUCAACAAAUCCUACCGCGAGCGCCUCCUCUGCAACUUGUCGCCAAGUUCCCGAACACUGCUGCGCUCCCAGGCGGGCGCGCAUGCCGGCGAGUGGUUGCGAGCCAUCCCCACGGACGAGGGCACGCAGUUUCUGCCGUUGGACAUGCAAGUCGCUCUCCGGCGACGCCUUCGAUUGCCGCUACCCAUGGCAUCUUCCCGUUGCGGAGGACAUGGCGAGCCAGGGUGCCGAGCCGUGGUGGACCAGCUGGGCGACCAUCGCGCCGCCUGUGCCCGGAGUGGGCUGCGGGAAGCCGUCGCCGCAGAGGGGCGGGUGGUCGGCGGACGAUGGGGGCAAGAGGCGCACGACCUCGUCCGCGACCUCGCGCAACAGCGCUCCCUGCGCGCGCCGAGGGCGCUGCGAGCUGCUGCCCGCUCCGGGAGGGAACGCUGGUGGUGGGGGCAGCUGGGUUGCGCGUUGCAGCGCGCCUUGGCCUCGACGCUGUUGGGCGGUUGCUGGCGCGUGCCGGCGCAGCCGACCGGAGACGAGGGCACGCCGCUUGGUUGGAUCCUGGCGCAGUACAUUUCGGGCGGCCUCUUAGAGGAGCAGGCAAAGAGCGCAACUUUACAUGGUCUACCAGGAACGCGAACUCCAUUUGGCGACCAACUCAUCGCACGCUUCACCCACCUGUUUGCUGGCAACUUUGCCACAUCAAUCGUCGCCAUUCUGAAUCCAGUUUGCGAAGAUGAUGCUGCCGUACUUUGCGAUGCCCGGCACCAAAACAUGCAACCGGUUUGGUCACCACUCAUGGACAACUGA